AUGGAAGUCUGCUCACGUGCACGUCUUAUCAAUUGUGACGGGGUUAAACUGUAUCUCGAGUUAAGUCCAAGCGAGCUUGUUGCCAAAAUGUGCAGAAAAGUUAUAGUAAAGCUUUACCGGGGAACUUUUUAUAAUUAUAGUGAGCUUAAACGCGAUAAAAGAGAAGACGUGAGAAGGGAAUGGUUCAACACGUUUAAAUCGCUUGUAUGCUGGGACCGUUGCAAUGAUGCUAAAAUGGAAGACUUGUUUCAUAAAAAAUGUGCUACACGACUGUGCGAUAUAUUGCAAAAGGCAAGAAAGAAGGCGAGCAGUCCGCCUUGGAUGGGUGAAGAUACAUGGGCGGUUCUUCUUGACAAGUGGCGGUCAAAAGAGUUUAAAGAUGUCUUCCAACAAAAUAAGAUUAAUCGAUCAUCAAGCAUAGGUGGGGCAGUCCAUAUGUCAGGCUAA